CGACGUAUAGAAGCGCGCCUUACGUUACGGCUCGAGUGUAAAACACCGCUUCAGUGCGGCUUUAAACCCGUCAAAUUUCCAGUCGGGUUGUUUUGAUCGGUCGGUGUCGGUCGAUCUGUGAUGGAGCCGCUGCUGUGCUGAUUAGCCGAAGAGGAGCAGAACUUCAGGAUGAAGCUGCAGUGUGAUGUGGAGGUCAUCAACCGGAUGUUGCCGUCCUGCGGGCUGAAGAGUAAAGGCCGCUCCAGCCGCGCGGUGCUGUCCAUCGGGAGACCGGAGAAAGAGAGAGCCGCUCACAGCACCGGGAGUAACGGCGGCACCGGGAGCAGCGGGCUGCACCUUCUAAUCUGCACCAACAGAGACCGCAGCGGCGCCAAAUACAAGCUAAAGGAGAAUGUGGAGAAGUUCUUCACCUGGUUUGUGGAGGAGGGAAAAGCGACGGUGCGUCUGAAGGAGCCGGCCAUCGACAUCUGCCUGAGCAAA